AUGCGUUUUAUCAAUAAUGCACGAAAAUCUGAUACCAAAGUUAUUGGCCCAUUAUCAGUUGAAGAAUUGGAAAACACCAAUACUAUUUUAAUUAAAUUAUCUCAAAUGGAAUCAUUUUCCGAGGAGCUAGAAUUACUUCGUAAAAACAAGCAAUUAGAUGCUAAACAUAAAUUUGCCUCAUUAGCGCUCUUUAUUGAUGAGAAAGGAAUCAUCAGAGUUGGGGGACGAUUAAAAAAUACUUACUCAUCAUUUAACAUCAAACAUCCAAUCUUACUCUCAAGUAAACACAAUUUUACCAAGCUAAUUUUCAAUCAUAAACAUAGUCAAUUGUUACACCCAGGACCACAACUACUAUUAAGUUCGGUUCGACAAUUCUACUGGCCUGUUGGUGGUUCUAUAUUAGCCAAACAAACAGUGAGAAAUUGCGUGAAUUGUUUCAAGUUCAAUCCUAUUCCAUUUUCCUGUCCAAUGUCAAACCUACCGAAUGAAAGAAUUAGGCCUACGCUUCCAUUUGAAGUGACCGGAGUUGAUUAUGCCGGCCCAUUCUAUAUUUUGAACAAACCAGGUAAAGGAGCUAAACUUAAUAAAUGUUAUUUGGCUAUUUUCGUUUGUUUUUGCACUAAGGCAAUUCAUUGCGAAAUAGUAACUGAUUUAACUUCCAACAAUUUCUUAGCAUGCUUAAAACGCUUUGUAUCUAGACGAGGUGUUCCCAAAAUAAUAUAUUCCGAUAACGGAACUACAUUUCACGGCACUAACAACUUAUUGAAAGAUCUUAGUAAAUUUUUAUUUAACAAUCAGGCCUCUAUUGUCAAUUCUACCAGUCAAUAUAAUAUACAAUGGAAGUUUAUUCCUCCGUACACCCCAAAUCAUGGUGGAUUGUGGGAAGCAGCCGUUAAAAGUUGCAAAUUUCAUUUGAAGCGAGCUCUUAUUAAUAAUAAUGUGACUUACGAAGAAAUGUGCACCUUAGUGAUACAAAUCGAAGGUAUAUUAAACUCUCGACCAUUGUUUGCGCAAUCAAAUGACCCUAAUGACUUGUCACCCAUUAAACCAUCCCAUUUCUUAAUAGGUCGAGUUCUGACUUCCAUUCCCAACAUUGACUAUACUAAUACCAACAAGUAUCGUUUGACUCGAUUAGAACACAUCCAGAAAUUCUACCAACAAUUUUGGCGAAGAUUUUCAAGACAAUAUAUUUCUCAGCUACAUCAGCAGUACAAGUGGAAAGACGCCCCAUCAACUAUUUCUGUGGGUACUUUAGUCUUAAUAAAAACCACCUUAUAUCCACCAUGCCAAUGGCCAAUGGGAAUAAUUAGGAAAUUAUUUCCCGGAAGAGACGGCAUUACAAGAGUUGCUGAAGUCCAAACCCAUAAGGGACUAAUUAUUCGUUCCAUCAGACAUUUGUGUCCAUUACCAAGACAAGAAGACAUAGACAAUUAA